AUGGUUGUGUUGGUCAAGGUUUGCGCUUGCACCGCCACUGUCGCCUCGGCCCGUGUGGAUCUGUAUCCUUUGACGCCUCAGCGCUCAUGUAGCCAGACGCCACUCCUGAAGCGGACACCGUCGAGGGCUACCCUCUCGAUCAGCCAAUCGAGCAAGAAAAAACGUCGUUUUUCCAUUCCAAACUUCGACUUCGAGGCGACAGAGCUCAGGGCCUCACCUGCCUCAGAAGCGGCCGUGGAGGAGACUGACGCAGACCGAUUUCUUGCAGUGCGGGGGUCUACAACGUUACCACUUAAUACCACUCCCCGCACGAACCGCGUCGCCAAGUCAUUUGGUCUCGUCGACGAUCGUGUUUUGAAUUGUGGCGAAACCUCUGCAACACCAGCACAGACGAAGGUUCGGUCUAUCCUCAGGAGGUGUGCGUCAGAACUUUUUAACACCCCACGGACUACAUCUGCUAUAUCUGCCAAGUCCAACCUGGCGGUCCGCAAACAGUUUAUUAUGGCACUUGAUGGGCCUGGAAUAUCGCUCAAUUUGUUUGCAUCUCCUAUGGCUUGGUCGCAUUCGAACUGCAUUGGUGUAGCUUUCAAGCUGAACGUGUAUUUCCAAAACCUUGACACUCGUGUUAUCGUACGUUUGUGUGGGGUGCCGGCCGCAGAUGGUAUGGUUCAUAGCGUGGAUUGGGGUGGCACAGCGAAUCCACACAUCUUGGCACUGGGUACCACGUGUGGUAUCGUCCAAACAUGGGACAGUUUGACCCAGAUGCAAAUUACCGAUUGGUCCGACGACGAUUCCCCAGUAGGGGGCAUUCAUUGGAACGGGAACAUGCUGGCCGUUGGAAGGAAGGAUGGGCGCGUAUCACUUUUCGACAUCCGUUCUCCGAGACAGGUUGAACGAGUUGAGGGUCAUAGGCGACAUGUCAUCGGUACCAAAUGGUCUCCAGAUGGGCGGUGUUUAGCGACAGGAGACCAAUCUGGAAGUGUUCAUGUUUGGGACAUGCGGGCCGGGGGUCACGUUACAGUUAAUGACAGGAAGGUUCUGAUGAAGCAUGAAGGUCCAGUGAAGGCCAUCUCGUGGGCUCCAUGGCAGAAUGGCUUGCUGGCUACUGGCGGGCUAUUUCCAGAUGGGAAAAUCCAGUUGUGGAAUAUCAACAAGUCCAAUUCUCCUCUUACCAUCCCCACGGAAACGAACGUCACGGCUUUGCACUGGUCUCCACACUGUAAAGAGAUAUUAAGUACCCAUGGCUUGUCGUGGGAGCCAUGGCAUGUCAUACGUCGUGCGGAGCCACCAGCAAAGCAGGCCCCUAGAACACCGUUCAGUAAUUCGAUGACGGUACAUGCAUACCCAUCAAGUGACAAAAUUGUUUCCGUCAACGCACACAGUGCCCCGAUCGGGCAUGCCUGUAUAGGACCGGACGGGUGCUCUAUCUUUACCGUGAGCCCCGUGGAAGAGACAAUCAAGAUGUUUAAAGUAUGGUCUGUGCCGGCAGGCAAAGGAAAAGAUGAUGAAGGGAUGUCUUACAAAUGUGCCAUUCGAUGA